AUUAAAAAAAAAAAUCGUAAAAAUUUCACACAAAUCUCCAAAAGAUUAGGGUUUCUAGAGCGACACACUCCUUUCUCCGUCUUCUAGCUCCUCAGAUUAUUCAUGCUGCGGUGUUCUGAUUAGGGAUUACAAUCGAAAGAGAGGACCUUUUUUUCUAGCUUAAGAUGGAUGAGGGAGAUCAGUUCCAUCGAAACGAGGCGAUCUCCGCCGUCGCCGACGAGGGUUUCAUGGCGGAGGAAGAGGACGACGACUUUGACGAUCUUUACAACGACGUUAACGUCGGAGAAGGUUUUCUUCAGUCCGUGAGAAAGAAGGACGAAACGGGAUCGAGAAACGAAAAAGAGGAGGAUAAGGAGAAGGUUAAAAUCGAGGAGGAAGAAGAAGCUGAGGUCUCGAUACCUGGUUUGGUUGGUGAGAGCGUUGCUGCUACUAUCAAAGCAGAAGCUGAAUCAGACGCAGGAGAGGGAGAGGGAGAGGGAGGGGCAAGUGGUGGUGGUGGUAAUGGAGGUGAAGAGCUUAAGGCUAGCCAACAGCAGAGUUCUGGUGGAGUUAAAGUUGAGCAAGCUCCUAAUCCUAGAGGAAAUAACGUUUCUCAGGGUCUCUUGCCGCCGCCGCCACCUCCUCCUAGCGAGAAUUUGAUGAGACCUGUUAAUGGCGUACCUGUGGGGAACGGAGCUGUUAUCCAUAUGCCUGGUGUUGGUGUUGGUGGUGGUGGAGGCGGUGGAGCGUUUCUUUUUGUUGGGGAUUUGCAUUGGUGGACAACUGAUGCUGAAGUGGAGGCGGAGCUGUGCAAGUACGGUGCGGUGAAGGAGGUUAGGUUCUUCGACGAGAAAGCUAGUGGUAAGUCGAAAGGGUAUUGUCAAGUGGAGUUCUAUGAUCCUAUGGCAGCUACAGCUUGCAAAGAGGGGAUGGAUGGGUAUGAGUUCAACGGCAGGCCUUGUGUUGUUGCCUUUGGCAAUCCUCAUUCCAUUAAGAGAAUGGGGGAGGCUCAGGUUAAUAGGAACCAACAGGCGCUAUUAGCUAAGAGAGGAGGAGUAGGAGGAGGAGGCACUGCUGAUCCUCCUCCGAGUAAACCGGCUGUGACACCCGCCGGCAACAAUAACUUCAACAGCCACGCAGUUGGCGGGAACUUCCAAGGUGAGGAGAAUAGAGGAUUUGGUAGAGGUAAUUGGGGUAGAGGAAAUGCUCAAGGGAUGGGUGGUGGUAGAGGACCAGGUGGUCAGAUGAGGAAUAGGCCUGGUGGAGGGAUGGGUGGAAGAGGUUUCAUGGGUAAUGGUGGAGGUGGGUUUGGUCCUAUGAGUAUGAUGCAUCCUCAGGCAAUGAUGGGACAAGGGUUUGAACAAGCUUUUGGUGGACCCAUGGGGAGAAUGGGAGGAGGCUAUGGUGGAUUCCCUGGGGCUCCAGUUCCACCUUUUCCUGGGCUUUUCCCUCCUGUAGGAGGAGUUGGUUUGCCUGGAGUGGCACCUCACGUGAAUCCAGCGUUUUUUGGAAGAGGGAUGCCUAUGAAUGGAAUGGGAAUGAUGCCCAACGCUGGUGCUGAUGGAGGGCAUAAUAUGGGAAUGUGGGAUCCCAGUAACGGAGGAUGGGGUGGUGGUGGUGAGGAUUUGGGUGGUGGAAGAGCUGCAGAAUCGAGCUAUGGGGAGGAAGCUGCAUCGGAUCAUCAGUACGGAGGAGAGGUUACUCACGACAGAGGGGCUCGUCAGAAUCAUGUGAAGGAGAAAGAGAGAGGUUCAGAGAGGGAAUGGUCUGGUUCGUCUGACAGAAGGAAUCGUGGGGAUGAAAGGGACAUGCCUAGGGAGAAAGAUGGUGGUCAUGGCUAUGAUUUGCCAGAGAGAAGGCAUCGUGAUGAUAGAGAAACAGGUCGUGAGCGUGAGAGGGAACAUCAUCAUAAGGACCGCGAGCGCUCCAGGGAUCGCGACAGGGAGAGGGAUCGUCAUCGAGAAGAACGAGAAAGAUAUGGUGGUGAUCAUCGUAGUAAACACAGGGACGAACCUGAGCAUGAGCAUGAGGAUGAGUGGAACAGAGGUCGAUCAUCCAGAGGACACAGCAAGUCACGGUUGUCUAGGGAGGAUAACCAUCGGUCAAGAUCAAGGGAUGCUGAUUAUGGGAAAAGAAGGCGGAUUACAACUGAAUAGUUAUCAGAUAAAACGUAAUGGGUAGACUGACUCUGAGAAACUCCUCAAAAAUCCUGAAGCCUUGUGGAAGAAGAAAAAGAGGAAGAAAGAAGACCUCAGAGAAAGUCAGACUCUUCAUCAACUCAGCGAGUUGAAAGAAACUUGACGAACGCUUGCCUUGUUUAAGUUUUAAGACACCUUUUUACCAUUUUUAUGUUAAACUUCUAAAGACCAGUGUGUUUUUGGUGAUGUUACUUAUGGCCUUUCGGGUUGUCCAUCCAUUUGUGUUUAGAUGUUCUUAUUUUUAACUGUUUCUGAAUUUGUUGUUAUGUAGUUGUCCUAUGUAGUUGUGUAUUAGUUGAAGCCAAAUAGUUGGCUUGGCCAGUGUUACUGA